UCUUCCCUUUUCUGUGCCAAACCCACCCCCACACGCGCGCGCGCACAUGCACGAGGUCGGCAGCUCAGAGCAGCUGAAACCGAGGGCCAGCAGCUGUGAGCUCGAGCUCGAGCCUACAGGGCCAUGGCGGUGAGCAACAACAUCACGGCGUGCGUGACGCUGAUGGCGCUGAUCUGCGCCGUCCCGGUGAUCGCGUCGGGCGUUUGGUUCGCCUCGGCCCAGGGGGAGGAGUGCGCGCGCCUCGCGCGGUGGCCCGUCGCCAUCCUGGGCGGCCUCAUCCUCCUCGCCGCGCUCGCCGGCUUCGUCGGCGCCUACUGGAACCGCCGCCGCCUCCUCGCCUUCUACCUCUUCGCCAUGGCGUCGCUCAUCGCCCUCCUCGUCGCGCUCCUCGUCUUCGCCUUCGCCGUCACCCGCGGCUCCGGCGCCUACCCGGUUGUCGGCCGCGCCUACGACGAGUACCACCUCGACGGCUUCUCCAUGUGGCUCCGCGGCUACGUCUCCGACGACCCCGCGCGGUGGGAGCGCAUCAAGGCCUGCCUCGUCGUCUCCGACACCUGCAAGAAGCUCGCCCGCCAGGCCGGCUUCCUCACCGCCGACCAGUUCUACCAGUCUCACCUCUCGCCACUCCAGUCUGGGUGCUGCAAGCCGCCGGCGGUGUGCGGGUACAACUACGUGAGCCCGACGGUGUGGGCGGGGCCGGCGGCGCGGCCGGCGGCGGACCCGGACUGCGCGGUGUGGGGGAACGACCCGUCGCAGCUGUGCUACGAGUGCGAGUCCUGCCGCGCGGGCCUCCUCGCCGCGCUCCGCGACCAGUGGCGCCGCGCCAACAUCGCCCUCGUCGUCGCCGCCGUCGCCCUCGUCUUCCUCUACCUCGUCGGCUGCAGCGCCUACAAGAACGCCCAUGCCGAAGCCCUCUUCCGCCGCUACAAGUGGUAGCCAGUAGCCACACAAGCUCAGAGAACGCCUGCCAUGCAUGCCCUCCUCCAGAUCGCCUUCCGUUUCAGACUUCGUUUUAAUCAGAGAUCGAUGUAGUAGUUCAGAUUUAUGGCCAGAUUGUGAUCGGUAUUUCGGUGUGAUUUCGUGAUUUGCUUGGUUUCUGAACCUCAUGUUGAUGGAUGUGUGUGUGUGGAUCAUGGAUGGUCAUGUUCAGUUCAGGGGACAAGUACCAGGCAUGCUGCGUGUCAAUCGUUGAGGCUAGCAUCAUUGGAUGCCAUGCCAUCGGAGUACACAACACGAGGGUCACACAGUGCAUGUCAGAUUGUCAGGUACUUGCUCAAUUCACAUGGCCACAGUCCAAUGUACAGUAGACCAGAUGCA